AUUGAAAAUGGCGAAAUACAUGAGUUCGAUAUGGAUAAUGGGAGUGUUGAUAUUUGCGAUGUCGUUCAAUUACGGUGAAAGUGCAUUCAGCUGCGACGAAGCCGUAAAGAAGCUGAUCCCAUGUCAGCCAUUUUUGGCGGGUGCAGCCAAUGGGGUGACGGUUCAGUGUUGCGAUGGGGCCCGCGCAUUGGACCAGCUGGGAAAAUCAAAUCCAGAAGAGGUGAAAGCGAUUUGCCAGUGCUUGAAGAAUGCGGCUGCUGCCGCCACCGGAGUUAAUGCCGAUAGGGCGAAGCAGCUUCCCGGACUUUGUAAUAUCAAUCUCCCUGUGCCUAUUGACCCUAAUGUCAACUGUGACAGGUUAUAAGAGGAACUGGGAGAUAGAUAUAUG